CAUUCUUGUCAUUAUGGUCCGACGUUCUUUUGGUUCAGAAAACUAUGCAAAGCGUGAAAAUGUAAAAAUUCCCGUGACUUUAUAUGAAAUAAAAGAAAAUGAAACAAUUAGUACACUUAGUAAGAAUCAAGGAAAUGAAGAAAAGAGAACAAUUA